GUGAAGGUGAAGGAGGAAAAGCCGAAAAAGAAAAUAAAAUAAAUACAUGAAUGAAAAGAAAAGCGCCACUUGUCUGAAUUGAGUAAUGUGUUUGGAAUGGUGGAUUGUAAAAGAGGAAGAGGAAGAGAUUUUCAGUUAUUUUGGAUAAGGGGAUAUGAGAAAGGUGAGAUGUAUGAGCUUGGUGGUUGGAGGUUUGAACACGGCGGUGGUGGUGACGGGUGGGCUCCUGAUCUACCCAAGUAAAAGGCUGUGCGAUGGGCGUUUCUUCCCCCCAAUCCUGCUGGUGUCCCUGGCCGCAUUGCUUAGGCUUAUCGUCAUGUUUCAAACGGCCUUGGCCCAACAAGCCGCCGCCACCCUCAUUCUUGAGGACACCGCCGAUCUCCUCCUACGCCUCCGCAGAAGGGCCAUGUAUAAGAAAUGGCUCUGCUGGAGUCGAUCUUCCGCGCUCCUCGUUGUGCUCCAAUUCCUCUUGGCCCUCUACCUUGUCAUCACCUCCGCUCACCACUUCUCCACCUCCAAUCAUUGCCUUUUAGAAUCCAAAUGGAACAGCAGGUGCUUAUCUUUCUUCACCAUCCUCGUCUCUUUCCUUGCCAUACUCCACUGCUUUACCGGAUCCGAUGUCUUCAAAUGGAGGUCCUUCUAUCAAACCCAUCAUCACGCUUGGAAGUGCCACUACAGCGAGGUCUUUGAUCAUGGCAUUCGCGAGACCUUGUGUUGUCUGGGACGGGUCAAAUACUUGACCGCAAUGGAAGAAGAUGAAGUCUAUUCAGUUGCGCGAUUACUGGGUGAGCUUGUCGCUUAUCGUGCUUCCGGAACCGGCCAUAUGGAACUCUUGGCAGCUUUAGCUUUACUUCAAAGCCAAACAAAAUCCUCAGAAUCAUAUGAACAAUCCAUGGAAGUACCCGUGGCACAUAUCAGGGAGGCUGAAGCUCUUCAUAAAUUUGCUGAAGCUGCAUACACGGGUCCAUUGCUUGAUGUUGGACGGAAUCCAUUUGUAUUUCUUUGCGCAUGGCUGUAUAGACAAGGAAUUUUGUGUCCUUGGUCACGAAACAGUCGACCAGUAUUGGAUGGUGAUAACUGGUGGCGAGGUCAUGCUGCAGCUUUUCUAAAGUACGUCAAUUUGCCUCCAGAAGUGCUUAGACAUGGGCGAGUCAGCCAGGUCAAAUGUGAGGCUGCAUAUUUUAUUGUGGUUCUACAUAAUCUACAAUCUGUAGUAAUUGCUAUACGUGGAACUGAAACCCCUGAGGACCUAAUAACUGAUGGGUUAUGCAAGGAAUGCACACUUUCUGCAGAUGACUUGGCUGGCUUGAUAAAUUGCAACUACAUUCACUCUGAUAUAAAGAAAAACGUGACUUCAUCAUUCCCUCACUACGGGCAUUCAGGCAUAGUUGAGGCUGCACGAGAGCUUUUCAAGCAGAUUGAAGGAAAUCCUGAAAGACCUGACUCUGAAUCCUAUGGACUUCUUUCAAAAUUACUGGGAGUUGGUUGCGAAUGCUUUGGGUAUAAUGUCCGCAUAGUUGGGCAUUCGCUUGGGGGUGCUAUAGCUGCACUGCUUGGACUGCAACUUUAUAAUCGCUACCCUAAUCUGCAUGUUUACUCAUAUGGGCCACUCCCAUGUCUGGACUUUGUUGUGGCAAAUGCAUGUUCAGAAUUUGUUACCAGCAUUAUAUUUGGAAAUGAGUUUUCAUCUCGCCUAUCAAUUGGAUCCAUUAUGCGACUAAGGGCAGCUGCAAUCACAUCACUAUCACAAGAUCCUAAAGCAGAUAGUGCCAUGAUUUUCAGACUUGCCCAUAGGUUUCUAUAUAUAAGCAAAUUUGAGAGAAAUAAUCCCAAGACAGAGGAUGAAUCUAAGUGUCAUUCAGGGGUCAUCCAGGAAGAUCUAAACCAUCAAAUCCCCAGAAGCCAGUGUGAGACUGAUAAUAAAGGAGGCAGCAUCAAAAACGAGCUUCAGACUAUUAAAAGGGAUCUUGUUAUGGCUGACUAUGGUGAAUAUUCCAAUCCUUUUGCCCAUGAAGAUUUCCUCAACAAUGAGCAUGAAGAAUGUUCACUCUGGCCAAACACUGGGGCAAGUGAUCAUAUUGUUGAAAUAGAAAAUGACGAAUUUACAAAUCCUUUUGCUAUAUGUGUACGUCCAAUUGAUGAUCCAGUGUCUCAGUUUAUAGAUACUGUUCCAAGUUCUGAAAAUCCAUCUGCCGAUGAUCCCCCUGAGAUGUAUCUGCCCGGUUUUGUAAUUCAUGUUGUACUGGAGCAGAAAAGACCUCAAACUGAUCUGAAGACAUCGUGGAGAAUGCAUGAGAAGGAUAAAUGUUAUAGAGCUUACAUAGCAAAUAGAGAGAGCUUCAAGGAUAUUAUCGUUUCACCCUCAAUGUUUCUUGAUCAUCUUCCAUGGAGAUGUCAUGAUGCCUUGCAAAAGAUAUUGAAGUAUCAAACUGCCAAAGAUCAAGUAACGGAACCUCACAUCAUCUGAUAUUUAUUUGGACAAUAGAACUUUGGCAUUGAACGUGACAUGAACUGGAUUAUUUUUUUGCUCCCGGUUCUUUGUCUGGUGAUGCUUGUGAGUGAGAUCAAGAUCUAUAACAUGGAAUUAGCCUUUUGUUUUUUGACUAGUUUGCUCUCCUAUGAAGAGUAUAUUACCAUUUAAGAAAAAGUAAAUGUGCUUAUUUUCUCACACAUUAUAUAAGGUAGGUGUAGCUUAUGUAAUGAGAUAUGAGAGGUGAUUGAUGUAGGCUAUAUAAUUAUAUUUGGAUUGAGAGAAUACUUGAUUAUUAUACCAAAUGAGAAUAAUAUUAACUAUUAGGUCUUAC